AUGAAGUGCAUCAUCGACUACGGUGCCGACCACAGCUUUUCGCUCGCCAACCUGCCGUAUGGGAGCUUCUACACGAACAACGAUGCGUCGACUCGGCGCUGCGGCGUGGCGAUUGGAGACUACAUCCUCGACCUGCAGGCUUUGGCGCUCACCAGGUACUUUCCUGCUGGCAUCCCGACCGAGGUGCUAUCCGGGCCGACUCUGAACGCAUUCAUGGCACUCGACAAACCUGCAUGGCUAGCUUUGCGUCUGCACCUCCAACAGCUGCUCUCGUCGGGCUCACCAAUCAGCGUCGACACGACGAUUGCCGAGUCGAUUCUCGCUGAGAGCGUUCACAGCAGUGGAAGCGUGGGAAGGCGGCUGUUCAUCGACAGGCUGGCAGGGAGUACGGUCAUGUGUCUGCCCUGCACCAUCGGCGACUACACCGACUUCUACACGAGCAUCGAGCACGCCACCAACUGUGGCUCGCUCAUCCGUGGGCCCACCAACGCGCUCCAGCCCAAUUGGAAGCAUCUGCCCGUCGCCUACCACGGUCGUGCAUCGUCGAUUGUCGUCUCGGGCACACCGAUCCGCCGACCGGUAGGGCAGAUUCUGGACAAGCCCCAAGAUGCACAGCCGAUCGUAGCGCCAUGUCGAAAGCUCGAUUUCGAGCUCGAGGUUGGGUUUUUUUAUGGUGGAAAGGAGACCCAGUUGGGAGAGAGGCUCUCGCCAGCAGAGGCAGCGGAUCGUGUGUUUGGCGCCGUGCUGCUCAACGACUGGUCGGCUAGAGACAUUCAGACGUGGGAGUAUGUUCCUCUUGGUCCAUUCUUGAGCAAGAACUUUGCCACGACCAUCUCGCCGUGGAUCGUGCCCAUCCAUGCGCUCGAGCCUUUUACCUGUGCAGGCUAUACACACGAUCCACCACUCCUACCGUACCUGCGCGACGCGGACAACACCAACUUCGACGUCCCCCUCACCGUCGCCAUCCGACCCGCGGAGUCCGACCACACGGCACGCUUCGAGUGCAUCUCACAGUCUUCGAUGCGUCACACGUACUACACGGUCCGGCAGAUGGUCGCACACCACUCGACCACUGGCUGCCCGCUUCGGCCGGGCGAUCUGCUGGGCACGGGGACGCUGUCUGCCCCAGGCGCAGAGGGGUACGGCUCACUGUUCGAGAAAUCGCAAGCUGGGCGACGGCCGUUUGCGUUGGCGGGUGGGGGGGUGGCGGUGGAGAGGACGUUUCUGGAGGAUGGGGAUGCAGUACAGAUGACGGGACUCAUCGAGGGGGUGGAUGGACACUCGGUCGGGUUUGGCGAGUGCGUGGGCACCGUGAUGCCGGCACUGCCGUUGUAA